CGUAGCCCCGCCCACAUCUGCAGACUCUUUAGACCUCCACCAGCCUCGGUCUGCUCACUCUGAAGCGCAAGGCGAUGGGCUCUUGGAAGAAAGGCCAGAGCUGCUUGGUUCCCGGCUUGCUGCAGAACCAUGCGGCCAUUGUGACCGGCGGGGCCACAGGAAUCGGAAAAGCCAUCGCCAAGGAGCUCCUGCACCUGGGGUGUAAUGUGGUCAUUGCAUCCCGUAAAUUUGACAGACUAAAAUCUGCUGCAGAAGAACUAAAAGCCACUCUGCCUCCCAGCAACAAGGCUCAAGUCAGUCCCAUACAGUGCAACAUCCGGAAAGAAGAGGAGGUGAAUAAUUUGGUGAAAUCUACCUUAGCUCUUUAUGGUAAGAUUGAUUUCUUAGUAAACAAUGGUGGUGGCCAGUUCUUGUCUCCUACUGAAAACAUCAGUUCAAAGGGAUGGAAUGCUGUGAUUGAAACCAACCUGACAGGUACCUUCUAUAUGUGCAAAGCAGUUUACAAUUCCUGGAUGAAAGCACAUGGAGGAUCUAUUGUUAAUAUCAUUAUCCUUCUUAGUGGACAACCAUUAAUGGUUCACAGUGGCGCUGCGAGGGCAGGUGUUUACAAUCUCACCAGGUCCCUAGCUUUGGAAUGGGCCAGCAGUGGAGUAAGAAUCAACUGUGUUGCUCCUGGAUUAAUUUAUUCCCAGACUGCUAUGGACAACUAUCCUGAAGACAUUUUUACAAGUUCCUUUCAGAAAAUCCCAGCUAAACGAAUGGGAGUUCCUGAAGAGGUCUCCUCUGUGGUUUGCUUCCUGCUGUCGCCUGCAGCUUCCUUUGUCACUGGACAGUUGGUGAAUGUGGAUGGGGGCCAGUCUGGGUACAUUCAAACUUACAACAUACCAGAUCAUGACAACUGGCCUGAGGGAGUUUGGGAUGUUUCCACUGUCAAGAAGCUCAAGGAAUCUUUUAAAGAGAAAGCAAAGCUCUAAGCCAAAGAAACAACCACUACAUUUGUUCCAGAGUGCCUUAGCAUCUUGAGAAAGCACAUGUGUACUUUAAAAGCACUUAUAAUUUGUAUGGGGGGAAAAAAUCACUUCUGGUUUUAUGAUAUGAUGAAUUAUAUCUAUGCAAAAAUGAUUCCUUAAAUAUGUGCACUUUUAUGUCCUCAUCACCGUCUUUUAACAUGUUAAAGAUUAAUUUUUUAAGGAAUGGAGAUUAACGCAGUUAAAUGAUCAUACUUCUUAUUUCUAAGAAAGAUGUGAAAAAUGAAAUAAUUUAAAUGAAAAAUAAUUAGAAGAAUCAUCACUCUCAGAAGGUUUUAGUAUGAAAAUAAUGGGAGAAUAUGUAUUUAACUUGUCACAUAAUGGUGAUUAUUACAACUAGAGUUAUAUAACAUCUUAUUUUUGGUGAAAAAUACUUUUGGAUCAAUAAAGCCUUAUGGUAAUUAUCAA